CGCCCGCGGUGUCGCUUUGCAUGCUGCCAAUGCCUGUCUGUGUCGUCCUUGGAAAUCACCACUUCUUCAUCGAGUGUUACAAGAUAUAGAGCUCUUUGAAUGGUGACAGUACAGGCUGAUGGUUUAAGGUCAGCAGACACGUAGUUUUUAUGGAACAUGUCGGGGGAUAAGAAACCAAAGAUGUGCUCAACCUCCGAAGCGAGUCCUUCAAUGGAUGGAGAAAUCAGUACCCCUCCUGACAGCAUCCCCCAAAUGGCAGGAGGACUAGAGCUUCACAGAUCUACUGACGAACUGGGAUCUAUGUCUCAUUCCUGUCACCCAGUUCAUGAGAAUACCACGGAACAGAUAACACCCAGGGCUGCUGUUGUGUCAGAGGAGCCAGUACAGUUGGAUGGAACAUGUACAGCGUCUGCUCAUGAUGAGAUUUCACAAGACCCCCAGGUUCAGCCGGAGCAGCACUUGUCAGCUGGAGGGACACCAAUGUCUCAGCAACAGCUCCCUCCGUAUGUUCAUCCACAGCCAUCCGCUACGUUUCCCAUGGCAACUGGGCCAUCACACUUUGGUGGAAAAGACAUGGCGUAUCCAUGGGACCAGAUAGCUAAAGGUGGUCAUGAUCCUGGCGGGAUGGCCUCAGGGUAUCAGUGUACCCCCUACCAGGAACAACAUUCUCAACAACCGUUUAUGACCAGUAGUGCCCCAAUGAUGAUUGUGCAACAACAACACUAUUAUAAAACAGCAAAUUUUCAUGAAGCUAAAGGUGUUCAAGGCCCAAGUUACCAACAAGGUGAAUCUCGAUUGAAUAACAUCAAAGAAUCAACAAAAGACUUUAUAAACAAUUUCGACAGGUCCUCAUAUGUAUCAACAUUUGUAGAAAGAUACUCCUUAAGGACAAUGAAGAGACUCCAUUUUGAUGGUUCUCUCUUUAUCAAGGGACAGCAUGGCACUGGUAAAACUAGGCUUGGAGUACACCUGCUUUCAAAGCUAUCAAAGGAAUCAAAAAGGACACCAUUAGUUUUGACCUUAGCCAGUGAUUGGCACUUGAUCCCGAAAACAAAAAGGCAUUCUGAAAAGGCCCAAAGGAAAUACAUUGUGAUGAUCGAUGACAUGUUUGGCUCCAGUAACUUUUCCAAAGCGUUUUUGAUGAGUGGGAGAAGCUGUUCGACCUGAUGUGGCCAACGGUUGAGUCGGGCCAAAUAUCUCUGAUUGUCACAUCACGAACAGAUAUUUUCUCAAAGUGUCAAUGUCGAGUAAUGAAGUACAAGCUGAUGAAGCGCAUGACUAUGUUAGAUCUUGAUGGAAAACAUGCUCUACGUCCCAAGGAGAAAACUAAGUUAUUUUUGAAACAAUGUGGGCGGCUGAAUUUGAAAAAGGAGGAUAUACAGGAGAUAGUUGACACGAAAACACGUUUUGGUUUUCCCAGGUGUUGUGAACUGUUUGCUCGGAGAGUGAAGGCCAAGAAGGGAACGUCAAACAGCUAUGCAUAUGAUUUCCUUACAACUGAUGUCUCAAUGCUGAGAGACAAUGAUCAACUUGGAUACUUGGUUCUCCUGCUCAUAUUGAUGAAAGGACGCCUUGAUGCCAAGAUGUUGGACAAGCCACCAACAGAAUUGAAACAUCUUAUUGAUGUUCUUAGUGACACAUGUAUUUCACUGGAUCAGAUGCCUAACUGUAGGAGCAUCAAGGAUAAGGCAAAUGAACUUUCUGACACCUAUCUCAAGAAGAGCAAAAAUGUCUUUGAAUUUGAACAUACAGCAGUUUCUGAUGUUGUGUUUCUCGAUGCUGCCCAAACACACUUGGCAAUGUUCCUUGACGAGUGUUCUAUUGAAGUUCUAGUUAAGUUUGUCAGAGUUGCAAGGUCAGACACAAUAUGUGAUGAAGAAGAUGAAUCUCUUAUCUACAUUGAUGAUAACUUAAACUUGCUGGAGGUUUUCAGAGAAAGGAUUAUUAAAAUUCUUAUGGAUGACAGAGUUGAAAUACUAGAUCACCCAUGUUUUAGCAACAUGGAAUUUGUCAAUUCCAUAUUGGACGGUAAUGAUAACAACUUAGUGUUUGAACUUGCUACGAAAAACAUUGGUGGUGGCUGUUGUUGUUUUAAUAUCUUCAACCAAGACAUCAUUGAAGAUGUGACUGCAGAUUCAGUCGACAUGAUUGAUGAAACUUCAGACAUCUUUCUGAAGGAAAAACUUUUUCCUUAUGAAUAUCUUGUGUCUUUCAUCAUCAUGAAAGGGUUGGUGCAGUUUGCCAAUACACUUCUGUUCAAACAAGGUCUGGUUGACCUGUCACAUACCUUGUUAAAUGAAGCACUGACCUGUUACAUAUACAACAACAACCAUGAAGCAGUCUUGAAACUGUUGAACAAGGGAGUACCAACGUCUGCUGACAGCAUCAAGACUCUGUGUUGUGUUCCUCAGGCAGAUAAACACAUGGUGGACAUGGUGUUUGAAAAGACACAGUGGAGUGGCAUACAUAACUGGACACAGCUGUUGUCAAUGGCAAUCCAGUUUGGGAAUAUCAGAGUUACAAAGCUGCUGGUGGAUAAAAUGAAAUCUGAACAGGCUAACAAACACGCUUUUGCCAAAUGUUUGAUCCAACUUCUUUACCAAACAUCUGGCUUCAUUCCACCAAAUGAAUGCAAAGCAAUGAACAUUAAUGUCCUGGAUCUCAUGAAUAUCCUUCUGGAUACAGAAUGUUCAUAUGACAAAGACAUUCUUCUGAGUCUAGCAGCUGGCCAUGUCAAUGUUGACAUACUGAAACGCUUGCUGGAAGUCUCCACAAUCUGCCAAGAUAAAGAAAUGGUAUUGUUGAAAUAUGCUACUAUCUAUGGCUCAAUCCAGUGUCUAGAGGAGCUUCUAAAUAGAAGUGAUACUAUCAGGCUUAAUAGGCCUGUUGGCAAACAGAACGAUACCCUUUUGCACUGUGCAGCUAGAUCAGCAGUUGACAGUCUCUUAAAGAUCAAGCGAUUGAUGCAGUUAGAUACGACAAAAGAAGGCCUUGGGGUAAAUGUGACUGAUGGACAAAAUAACACUCCCCUUCAUUUUGCAGCCCUUAGGGGAAAUGUUGAAUGUGUAGUUGAACUGUUAGAUAAUGGUGCAGAUGUUACUUGUCUGAAUGAGGCUGAGGUUACAGCCCUGCAUUGUGCAGCGCUCUCCAACAGUCGGGAGUGUAUGCAAGUCAUCUGCCAGUCAGGUCAAACACUCAGUAAUGGGAUGCCUUUAUAUGAGUUGUGCUUUCAUGAACCAACCAGAACCUACAUACAAGACUACUUCAUCUCACAUUACAAGGAUAUACACACUGUGGUUAACACUUGGUAAUGGUAGAUUAGUAAUUGAAAACCUGAAGAUCCUCCAAGCCAGUAAGGUGGACACACACAGAACCAACAGCAAUGGUGACACUUGUUUGGUUAACGCUUGCAAUGUCAACAAUCUGCCAGUACUGAAGGCCCUAUGCAAAGACCAGAGAGCUUUAAGACGACAUCUACAGGAAGAAGUCUCCUUCAUGCAGCAGCGGCUCAUGGGGACCUGGAAAUGGUGGAGUUCCUGUGUGAGAAAGGUGGAGAUGUCAGGGAGACAGACAGGGGGGAACAAACGGUUGUACAUGCAGCAGCAGGAUCCAGUCUUGAAGCAGCUGAGAAGUUGUAUUAUCUCAUUGAAGAGAAACGAGCACCCUUCCUAGAUGUGGACAAGAAAGGACGUACAGCACUGUUCCCUGCUGCCGAGGUCGGGGACAGAGAGGUAGUGGAGUAUCUGGUGGAGAAGGGUAUAGACCCGACAAAGCAUGACAAUGAUGGGAAGUCAGUGCUGGAUGUAGCAGCUUCAUCUGUUCGUGAUGUAAUAAGUCGGAAUAUGAGGCGUUUGUCCUCAGCAGAAUGAAGUCUGCUGUAUUUCAGGCAUCAAAUCUGACUGGAGCAGCUAAUGACAUUCAGGAGAAUAUUUUGUGUGUGAUAGAGGUGAGGUGACAUGCAGAGAAAUGUGUGAAGUUGGGGAAAUGUUAGCAGCUUUGCAAUAUAGUUGAACAAUAUAUCAGAUACACUAUCAA